UAAAAAAGAAACUUCCAUUUCAGGAUGAAAUAAAGAAGAUAUUAAUGUUUGUUAAGUAUUUCCAACCGUCUGAUAGGAAAAAAUUGUCUGUGAUGUUGUACAUCUGGAUAGCGAACGGCAGCGUGCCGUUCAACGCCAUCCUCGUUCUAAAUAAUUCUCACUUGGUCAAAGAUAAUCUCGCAUUGGACUUCCUCAUUGACAUGUUCAAAGCUUGGCGCCAGGAGAAGGGAGUGAACUCCCUGCAUUCGGCCAUCAAGAAGUCCAACAUUGAAUCCCAUCUCACGAGUUUUAUACCAGACACGAAACAGUCACAGCAGUACUUCCGAAAUGCUUUUCAGGACAACGGUCUAGAGGAAAUACUCAAACUAUACAACGAUCAGCACCAACAGCAGGCCAAGAAGGAGCUGCAAGUGCUGUUGGCUGACAGCCUGGGCGAGAAUAAACCACAGCGCGAGAUAAUAAACGAGAUAAAGGAAAUAGCCUCCAAGGAGAAUAUCCAGGAACACGAGACGGUAUGCAUCAUUUGGACAACUGUUAUGGACAUCCCGGAAUGGUCCAAAAAAGAGGAGCUUGUAACCGAACAAGCGGUACGCCACCUGAAGUACUACACGAACCUGUUCUCCGCCUUCAGCCAAUCAGCCCGCGCGGAACUGAACCUUCUGCUGAAAGUACAAGACUACUGUUAUUCCAACAUGACAUUCAUGAAGGCGUUCCAAAAGAUAAUAAUGUUGUUUUACAAGACGGAUGUUAUCUCAGAACAAUCCAUUUUGAAAUGGUACAAACAGGAUUACAACGUUAAGGGUAAAAUGAUGUUCGUCGAACAGAUGAGAGAGUUUAUUGAUUGGCUGCAAAAUGCCGAGGAAGAAAGUGAUUCUGAUGGUGAAAGUGAUUAGGUGAGUUGGAUCCUCGAAGAAAAAAUAUCAGUGCCACCUAUCAUUUUUUAACAACAACAAUAACAUUUUUUCCAAUGUAAUUAAAUUAUUAUAAUAUGUAUAAACAUUUCUGGUGCCUUACUAUGUUGGUGUGUGGCAGGCAAUAGUUGACCGGGGCUAUGUAAUAUUGACUUAUUUUAAAUUAAUUCAUUAAAGUAUUAGUGCAUCGGAAAAAAUGAUAUUCAUGUGAAGCGUCGCCAAUAAAUAAAAGUCAUAACUCAAUGUUAUAUAUGAUUAUUGUCAAUUUUUUUAAUAUACAAAGAAAUUUUAAAUAA